CCACUCGAGUCACUGUACAAUUACGUACGUAGUAACCGGGACGCUCAAGGACGUAUAUAAGUGCCAAGCCCACCGAUAGUAGAUACUUAGUUUUUAACUUUGUUUGCGCGCGUCGAUACUAUUCUUCUCGUCGUGUUGUGCUAUUUGUUCUAUAGAGUUGUUUAAUUAUCUAACUUUCACUUCAAAACCUGAAAAUGCCUAUUGACCUAUAUCAUUACCCUGGCAGUGCUCCGUGUCACGCCGUACGUUUAGUUGCUGCAGCUGUAGGCGUCGAACUCAAUCUCAAACUACUAAAUCCUACGGCAGGCGAACAUCUUACGCCUGAGUUUUUGAAGAUUAAUCCACAACAUACCAUACCAACAAUCGAUGACAAUGGAUUUUAUUUAUGGGAAAGUCGGGCUAUUUGCACAUAUCUUAUCGAGAAGUACGGCAAGAACGAUUCGCUCUAUCCCAAAGAUUCAAAGCAGCGUGCUAUCGUAAACCAACGUCUCUAUUUCGAUGCAGGAACCUUCUAUCAAUCUUUUGCUCAAUACCUUUACCCACAAGUGCUUGGAGGAGAAGCAGAGAAUCCUGCUAAGCUCGAAAAGUGUAAAGAAGCUAUGGAUUAUUUGGAUAAAUUUCUAGAGGGACAAAACUACGUAGCUGGCGAUCACCUAACUGUAGCUGAUCUUAGCAUCGUUGUAAAUGCGUUAUGCUAUACUAUUAUUGAUAUCGAUAUGAACAAGUAUAAAAACAUUCAAAGGUGGAUGGAAAGAAUAGCAGCAGAAGCUCCCAAAUACCAUGAUAUUGUCGACGAAGGUUUUAAGGCUUACAAGACAUGGAUCCAGACCGCACUUAAAAAAUAAUCGAUUAAAAUCUCAUUAUGUUAAUACUUCAAAAAAUUAAUAUUUAAUCUGUUUACUAAAAUUAUUUUAUUGAAAUAAUUUCUGUGAUAACAUUGAUCCAAAGUAAAAAGAAGUCAGAUGAAACUAUAACGUAACCAAAUUGUACCGUAACAGUAAAUAUAAGAAACGUGCGAGGGCUCACCCUCAUUUACCUGAUGCCGGGGAAAAUACGCUAGAGCAUCUGGGUUUUCUCUUUUUUUUUGCGGGGCGACAAACGUGCAGUCUAGACAAAGUAAGGCCCGUUUAUGACCGCCCGAAAAGAUUCUGUCUUAGAAACAUGUGUUCCGUCUAGAGUUUGAGAAAACGUUUUGUGAGAUAAGUGAUCGCGAAAGACGCGGGCGGACUGACCGUCAGAGCUUACGAAGGGAAAAAGGAAAAGUAUACUAACACUGUGUUUGGCUCGCUUACGCCCUCGAUCCGACCCAUUGACGCGGACGUGCGUCGGGUGCGCAUCAUUGCCGUGAAGCCACCCCUUAUGGCAGCUCUAAGGAAUUAGUGCUCGGAGGCUGCAGACCCCACGGGAAGUUUGCUUCCUUGAUAUGCAUGUCACCUCGUACGGGCAAGAAAGACUUCGUGUCGACCUUGGGACCGAAGAUUGGCGGGCGGGGGAUGGGCAAAAGCAAAUAAUCAAGAAAAGGGCGUGACGGCAAUGUGCGCGCCCCUGCAAGGCCCACGAGUGGGGUAAGACUUACAAGGCGACUCUAGUCAGUCUAGCACCAGCUUCCCGCUAAGCUUGAAUUAUCGAGCUGAUCCUCCCUUGCCAUCGACGAAAAAGUUUGUCGGGAGAAACGUUAUUGCUAUCGUCGUUGUACGCUGGCUUUUUCCCGCUCGCUACCGGAUUUUUUUUAUGCCAGCCUAUAAUAAACUCGG